AUGAAGGAAAAGCAACAUUGCCAAAUUGCAGUAACGAAACCCACCAUUGAAAAUGUCAUACCUUACCAACAAUACAAGAAAACACAACCACGAGUCCUAGGAGAUACUGACUUACUGUACGCCAACAAUGGUCAUCAUAUGAUUCUAUUCGGUGGGGGCAGGAACUUAUUCCUAUUCCUACUUGAUGAUGUUGAAAAUACACAAAGAUUGGAAGACGUGGAAUUGUUCAUCCUGAAUAGUUGCAUUGUCAUCUGGUUCGGUGUAUUAGGUCAUGGUCUAGAGAUCCCAUACAGUAGCGUCCUAUAUCACGCAUCCAGAACACAUAUUCAUGAAAGAGAUGGCCAUAAGUUGGAAAUUUUGCUAACUUUAGAAAGAGAUGAAAUCUUAGAUCAAUUUUUCCCUGAAAAGCUGAAUCACAUGAAUGGUCCAUCUGAUGAUUCGUAUCUUCCCAUUGACGAUUUUACCAUGAAAAGUGUAGAAUUAGUUCUGCAACCCAAAUAUUCCACAUAUGAUAGAUACUAUAAUGCAGAGAUCGAAACGUUAUUUACAUUUGAAAAUUUUGGCAUUAACAGAGGAGAUGAAAUGGUGACGAACUGUAACGAAGCAUUGUCAAUGGGGUUAGAAAUUCAAGGAUACGAUUCAGAUGGGGAUGAUAUUAAUAACAACGAAAGUCGAAGAGAAUCAUUCUCUAGUACAGACUCACACGCUGUUUUUACGGGUCUAAGUAAUAUUUUGAAAAACUACGGUACUUUUGCCAACAAUGGUCAUGCUGAUGAUUUAGAUAAUGAUGCAGUGAUGGACCAAGUGGUCUCUAACAAUAAUCCUGAAGCUGGAAUGUCAAUGGAAUUUCAUGCCAAUCAUAAUGUAUCUGGCCGAAAAACCACUAGAGACGAAAUGCAUUAA